GAAUUGUUGUAACAUUAUUCUUUCUAUUCUUGUACAGUCAACAAUACAAAUCUAAGGACCAGUCAAAAUAUGUAGUCCGUGUAAAUGUAGGUAAAUGCUGUCGACUCUGAGACCGUAUAAUCAAACCUAUCUCUACUUGUUGGAAUACUGUUGCAUUAAUGUUGUAUUGCCUAAUAAUAAAUUAUUUCUAGAGUGCAAGCCUAAUCCAUCAAGUCUUUGUUUUUGGAUAGACAAAAUCGAUUACAAAGUUUUUACUAAUCUAAUUUUAGUCAAUUACUUAUUAUUAAAUUCGUAGUCAGAGUCGUGUCAAAAUUAAGUUUCGGGAUUUCAUGAAAGAUUUUUUUAGCGGAAACCCCUGCAAAUCUUUUCUGCUUUUUCCUUUGUUUGUCGCGUCUCAUUUCAAUAACAUUUUAUGUGGGAAUUAGAUUAUUCAUUACUAGAAAGUUACAAUGAUAGGUAACAAUCGAUCUAUCUAUUAAUUGCACGUAGUAGGACUAACUAUUCUACUCAUUUAUUAGUGAUAAGUAGGUCCUGUCCACCCCAUGAUAGAUAAGAAAGCACUUAACAAAAACUCAUUACAAUGAUGAACAUUACCAGCUAACUUUUAAUCCGAUAAGUGUUAUCAUUACUGAUAAAAUCAUUGUAGAUAAAGCACUUUUUGUAAAUUAUCUUUUUUAAAUUACGUUUAUCUAAUACAGACAGUUUAUCUACAAGCUGCAAGACGUUGCGCGUUGGUAUUAAAACUUGUAAGUUUGGUAAUAGGUAGGUACCUAAGUAAGUAGGUGGUAAGUGGAGAGGAGGAUCCCAUUUACUUAUAAAUCACAUUUUCUAAUACUUAAUCAUACCACGUUUGUUCACAGAUACAUUGGUGAACUUCACAAAUCGAACGUUGUUAUAGCCUAAAACAGUAACAAAGAACAACUUGCUAUACUUAACACCCACUUACGCUAUAUUUCUGCUAAAAUAGCUACAACUCCCAAAAUGAUUGGACAAGAAUACCUUUCCGAAAAUAUUCUAGACAAAAGUCUUUAUGAAACUUUCUCGGUUUUACGUAUAUUGCAAGUCUUGUUUGGCUCAUGCAGAGUCGAUGUUAGGGAUAGGUUCGUGUCUUCACCGACCGUCUACCAAAAGGCCUAUACGCUGAUGAUAAUCGUAAUGAGUGCUUUCUUGUACAUGAUUAAUUUUGUAACUUAUUUAUACAAAUACAGUGUAAAUAUCAACUUGUACCGCAGCGCGGUAGGUACAUCUUUAAUACAGAUCUUGAUGUAUUUUUUUAAUAUAAUCCAUGUUCGCUUCAUAAAUAACACCCAAAAUGUCGACUUUGUCAUCUCUAUGCAAGAACUCGACCGUUCCAUGAAACUGGAACAUAAUAAUUCAAUCAACACUACACUUCGCAGAUUCAAUACGAUAACGACAAUUUUGAUUUUAUCAAUUUGGACAGUACUAAACACUAUUGCUUCUAUCUUUCUCGCUUUACCAAUGAUGAUAACUGUUGUAACGAUAUUGAUAAGUGAAAUUACAAACAUGCUGGAACUAAAUCAUUGCUCUAAUCUUAUGUCAUAUUACACCAUUCGGGUGCGUUUUAUUAAUGCUAUACUCCAGAACCACUUGCCAAGUAUCAACAAGUUUAACUCAAACGAUUAUUCUUAUUUUUAUCCUAAACAAUUUAUGCGCGAGCUGGCUGCAAAGACACACGAUCUCAGAUACAGCGCAACGGAUAUUUAUUUGAAAAAGGUUAUCAAGAAUUUUUUUGAAUUCAGAAAUCUUUAUCAAUUUCAGGUAACUACAUACUCGUGUACUACCUACCUACUUAAAAACUUGAGUCUUUUAAAAUACUAGUGUCUAUU